AUGCAGGAUCUGGUCCGCGCCUUCCCUCGGCCAAGACACACUCGGGUCAUGAAGCCUCGUAGUGCUGGCAACAGUCCUUCAGCAAUCCACCGACGGCGGUCAACCGUCAGUCAGAAUGUGAUGCAUAACAUGCCGACUCAAUAUCAGUCCUCCCUGGAAGAAGCCCUCCUUGCCUCGGCGGUCCGGAAAUCUCGCCCGAUCAGCUGGCACCCAUCAUCGGCAAGAACUCGGGGCCUUUCAAAUCCGCAAUGCAUGCCCGAUUACACCUCGGACAACUAUGCCGCCAUGGGUCCUCUCUCUGAUGAGUACUUGAACUCAGCAGUCUACAGCGACAACUUCAUGUCAUAUCCAAUGACGGCGGAUCCAUCUUUCUCGCCUAACAGCUACUUCCCAGUCUACUCGGACAUGCAAGAGGAGUUGCCACUUCCGCAACAGCCAACGACUCUCUCGAUGACUGGCUCGCAGGUGGAGCCGAUGCCAUGGGAUGUGACGGCCAUGUCAACCGAUCUUUUAGCCAUGUCGCAGCCGGCUUCCGAUAACUGGACCUUCGAUAUGCUCUCCAUGGGAACCAACAUCCCGCCACCGGAGACAACCUGCCCAAGCUAUGUCAGCGUCCCAUCGCCGGGCGAAAUGAGCGGGCCAUCAACGCCCGACUUUCUCCCGAUUCAACAAUUUGAAGAUCCGUUCCAACCGAUCGCGGAGCCGAAGAAAGCUGGCAAGCCGGAAGAAGAACUGGUCGGUAUGGGUCUCUACAACCAGCCCAACGGAACAUUAGCCCGGGCUCCACAAUCACAGCCAGGCAAGGGUCUCAAACUUGAGGAGACAUUCACGCCUUCGGACGAAGACCAGGAUGGUGAGGCGGACGUGGAUGCAGAGUCCGAGAGCGUCGGGCACCAAUCGCCCCAGCAACCAGCUGUCUCACAACCUGCACCGGUCCACCAGUCGACUUUCAUCCCAAAGCAGCAGCCGAAGCAAGCCUUGAACCUGCUGCACCGGUCUUUCUUCUUCGAAAAUGAUGACGCGGAUCAGCAGUGCAUGACUGCCCAGCCAUUCGCUGCCUUGAACCAACCCUGCAUGAGUUACGGCUAUGGGUGGAUCUGA